GUUGCUUUUUGUAAGCGCUGAAUGAUGUGUAUUUCUUGUAGUGCAGGUUAAACAGCCCAGUAAUGCCGGCUGACGUAAGGUGAGGUGAUUUUGCAAACAUUCAGUGCAAAUAGUGCUUUAACUAUUCAUGUUACAAAGUGCCAUCAGAUAAAAAUGGAGCGUGAAACUGGAAAAAGCAGUCGCAGAUGGUAUUUAAAGGUGUUAUUUAUUGGGAUGUGCGUUGGAAUGAUAUGCUUUCUGGUUUUACGGUCUCAAAUGGGUAAUGAAAUGAAGAAACAAUCUCCACAUAGCCUUUUGCUUCAACACUUUGCAAAACUUCAUAACUCCAGCUUCCCUGCUGCUGAUAUCUCAGAAAUCAGUUCAAAAGAGUCACUAACAAACGCAUUUUAUUCUGAAUUUGGAAUCAGUUCAGAAAGUUACUCCAGUUUACAGCGGGCUCUCUACUGGGCUGGACCAGACAGAUCAAUUACAAGUGUGUCCAUGAGUACAAGUCCAGCUCACUCCACAUUCAUCAUUCAGAACCUGAAAGACAGCUACCAAAUAGGCGAAGAGCUUAAUGUUACUAUACAUACGAGAGAUUUUCAAAAUAAAGCCAAACCUUACGGAGGAGACUUCUUUCAAGCCAAGCUGUUUUCAUCCAAAAAGGACAGUGUGUUUGGGGAGGUGGUGGACUUGCUCAACGGCUCCUACUCUGUGCGAUUUCUUCUGCCGUGGGUGGGACAGGCAAAGGUGGCUGUGCGUCUGAUCCACUCCAGUGAAGCUGUGCAGGUCCUCAAGCAUCACAGGGACACCGAUUCUGACAGAGUUUUCUUUAAUGGAUAUUUUGAAGGACCAGGAUUGAAUGGUACCAGACUGAAAGAGAUUGUGAAGUGUAAUGUGAAGUGGGACAAGAAUGGACUGGAGACGAUGGCAACAGAAGAUUGCUGCUGUGAAUACAAAGAUUCUCGCACCGGAGAAGAAUGGCGCUGCCAGAAACCCAAAACUCUGCCAUGCAGCGCCCGCGUGUAUCACUCCAUGGGAGGGUAUAUUAAUCGUGUGACUGCAAAAGAAGCAAGGUUUAUGAAGCAAACCAACAAAGGUAUCAAUGGGCAAAAAAGCAUCAUCAACAUUCUUCCCGCUGAUGAAAGUGAAGGAAUUGAUGUAAGAGAGAAAUGUCGUCCUGGUUUGCACUCGCCAGUUCCCGCUGGCUUUUACCUGAAUGAUGUGUGGACGUCCUUUGUGUGUAAAACUCGCCAUUUUACUACCCAAACAACUACACAAUGCCUUAAAGACAAACACAUCUACACGAUGGGCGAUUCUACCUUGAGACAGUGGUUUGAGUUCUUCCUGAAAGCUGUACCAAGUUUGAAGCAGAUGAAUCUGCAUGUUCAGUAUCAGGCAGGACCUCUUCUAGCAGUGGAUGUGGAGAACAACAUAGACUUCCACUGGAGAGCUCACAACGCUCCUCUGCGCUGUAGGAAAACUAAAGUUGCCGAUCUGCACUACAUCAGUAAUGAGAUUGAAGAUCUGGCUGGAGGACCUAACACUGUUAUCGUCUUUAAUCUGGGACCACACUUCACCACAUACCCUCUGGAUUUCUUCAACCGCAGAGUGUUGAGGAUCCGCAAAGCUGUUGUAGAUUUAUUACAGCGAGCACCAGAAACUACUGUGAUCAUCAAAACGGUCAACACUGGCUAUAAGGAUGUGUUUGGCAGUGACUGGUAUUCUCUUCAGUUGGACAGAAUUCUGCGGUGGGCUUUUCAGGAUGUUGGUGUUUAUAUUUUGGAUGUAUGGCAAAUGACAGCCUGUCACUACAGCAAAGAGAACAUUCAUCCAGGGACUGUCAUCAUCAAAAAUGAGAUGGACAUUUUUCUUUCCUUUAUUUGCCCUGAAUGAAAUUCUCAACGUGAAGCUAAAACCUGAUGAUACACCAUUAGUUCUUGAAAUAACUAUAAGUUCUUGAAAUAUCACAACAUGCUUAAGCAGUCAUGUCAGAAAAAUAAGUAAUUUGUCCCAAUGUGAUGUGAGGUUGGGUCCUUACCAGUGCCUGGCCAUGUGUCCUGAGUUGGACAUUACGUUCGCUGCACCUUAGUGGUGUAACAGGUAUACAUUGUACGCAACACAUAAGGUGCAUUUUACAUUUUAUGUCUAUGUUAUAUAUAAAUGAGUAAUA